GUACGUGAUCGCCCCUGUUGUAGUGUCAGAGACGGUUAGGACGGCCAUAGAGACGCCCAACAAAAUACUUGAAUGGUAUAUACAGGCAAGGAGAGCGCAGUCAUGAGGUUUCCUGAACGAAUCGUUCCUGGUCUUUUGGCCGCGGUGGUGCUGUUGAUCAGUCAUGCAGGCUGUGUCCAGGACCAAGCUCCAGGAGAUGGUGUAGCGAUAUGUACUGAUGAGAUCCUUAAUGGAAUGCCGAAUCCGUUCUUUGUCAACCGCCCAGUGUACUCUGUCAAUGAACGACCUCUCAUGGACUCCAGAGACUAUAACCGCCUGCUUCAGGAAAGUGGCGACGCUUAUGUACCGUGGCAGAGCCUGGAUAGGGACAACAACAAUACUAUCGAUCUUGUAACUGAGUGGAUUCAAACUACAUCAAGUACAUGUGCUGGGACAGUGACAGUGUGUGGAUUCAGUGUUGGAGCUCAAGAUAACUGGCUCAUCACACAGCACAUCAACACAGUGCUACCAGGAGGAGGAGGAGAGAGAUUGAGGAAAGUGACUGUUCAGUUUGAGGGAACUCUCAAUGGAUGUGAUAUCAGUAGACAGUGCAGGCGAAGUUUUGAACUAUACAAAUGGGAGACUUCAGCCAUCGACAGAAAUGGAGCAACUAACACCAACAAUUACGUCAGAGUUGGUCGAGUCUCUACUGAAGUUACUAGUGGAGUCAUGUCCUUUGUUGGCUCUCAUGAUAUUGAAUUAGGCUCCGCAGGUGGUUUUUACUUGGGAGUUGUUGACUCGAGCACUUGUGUUAGUCUCACAAGAAUUCUAGUUCUCUACUAUGUGUGUCCAGAGGAGACAUCAGAACUCAUCUCCAGACCGGAGGCAAUUGAAUCCCAGUCUCUGGAAGGCUCACCUUCAGUGGAGGGAGAGUGUGUAGAGAACAGUUCCACAGAGUCUGGGGCUAAUCCUAUUCUCAUAUGUGGUCCUAGGGGACAGUGGCAGGUGAUAACACUUUGUCUCUGUAAUCCUGGAUAUCAGCUAAACAGUAGUCAGGACCAGUGCUCAGAGUGUCCAGAAGGAACCUUCUCAUCAGGACUGGGUAAUGGACCAUGUGAGACAUGUCCAGCUAACAGUGAAGGGAAUGGAACUGCUCUGAGCCUCUGUCCAUGUCUCCAGGACUACUACAGAGCUCCUUAUGAGGGGCCAUCCGUCCCCUGUACACAGUCGCCAGGACCUCCAUCUGAUGUCAGAGUGUCAAAUGUGACCAACACAUCAGCCGUCCUCUCCUGGUCUCCUCCUGAUAAUGGUGGAGGGAGACCUCUCUAUGAGAUAGUCUACACCAGUCACUGCCACUGACAGAGGAGGAAGUGGAGGAGAGAGAGUGGUGGUGAGUGAGGUGAAUGAUACAGAGACCAUUGUGACUGGACUGACUCCUGGUGUCCUCCCCUACACAUUCUCUGUAUCUGCUGAGAAUGAUGUCUCCUCUCAGGACAACAAUAUCAAUGCCAGGAGUCUCAGUACCACUGCCGACACUCAGGAAGGAGUUGGAGGGACAGUGACGGAGUUUGUGGUGGGAGAGAAUGGAGUGUUGAGCUGGUCUUCUCCAGUUCCUCCCAAUGGAUCAUUCUCUACUACAAUGUCAUCAUAUCCACAGCUGACUCUGGGCAACUGGUCACCAGAGUUGAGCAGUUGAAACGCCUCGACCAUUGAUGUCUCCAACUAUGGAAAUAUCAACAUGGACUACAAUGUUACCGUUCAGGCAGUGACGUCAGUUGGAGGAGGGGAUUUCUCAUCUCCAGUGACAGUAUCUCUGAGAGAGCCGUCACCUGAAUCCACCUCUGGCCCACCAGUCACUGCCAUAUCUGUUACUGUCAUUGUGGUCGUCAUCGUCUUCCUCGCUAUCAUUGUGGCCAGUCUUCUUGUCUACAUCUUCUGGUACCGAAUUCAUGUGAGGCACAAACCAUUAUUUGGGAUAGAGCUCCCCACCAAGGGUCAUCGUAUGUACGUCGACCCCAGUACCUACCAGCGUGUGGACGAGGCCGUGGAUGACUUUACCAAGGAGAUAGGGCCCAAGUCCAUCAACCUGACCGAGGAGAUAGGGAACGGAGAGUUUGGCAAUGUCUACCGAGGAGUCUGGAAGGUCGACAGGAAAGAGCAACUCAUGAUUGCCGUCAAGACUCUAAAGCCUGGAUCAUCUGUGAAGCUGAGGAAUGACUUCCUGACGGAGGCAUCCAUCAUGGGUCAGUUUGACCACCAGAACGUCAUCAAGCUCUACGGAGUGGUGACAAAGGUGGAGCCGGUCAUGAUUGUCAUGGAGUACAUGCAGAACGGUUCUCUCUACUACUACCUCAAGAAAAAGGACGAGCAGAUGAGCAGUACGCAGUUGGUGAGAAUGGCACUGGGUGUGGCUAAGGGAAUGGAGUACCUCUCUCAUGUCGGCUUUGUCCACAGAGUUCUGAGUAAGCUGGACAAUGGUCAUCGACUUCACAAACCAAAGUACAAAUUUAGUCACCUGAGUGUGGCCCACUGCAGGACUGCCCUGACACUGUCUACAAGUGCUAUGCUGGAGUGCUGGAACGCAGAGGCCAGGAAGAGACCAACGUUUGGGCAAGUGGUGAGAAUACUGGAGAUACUCCUGGAGGGAAACAUCGCUGAGGGGCCGAAGCCGAAGCCUCGAGCUGGAGUCAAGCCGGCGUCCACGAGGAGUCGUGAGGUGGUGAGUCCUCUGGAGUACCAGAGUGUGGAGGAGUGGCUCACCAGCAUCAAGAUGCAGAAGUACACGGACAACUUCCUGGAGUCUGGUCACACCACCGUUACCAGCUGCCUCGAGCUUACUGCUGACGACCUCACCAAGUAGGCUUGAGUGAUAUAUAGCUUUAGAAGUCGUAAUUACUAAUUUCUACACUUAAUGUUGAGGUCUGCCUUGUUAACAUGUUACUAGAGCAGAUUCGAACACUUACUUACCACCUGAGUUGCCCCAAUAGACUAGAUUUUUCUAUGGUGUCUUAGAUGUACGUAGUUUACGUGUGCUAUGCCUUUGCCUUGCAAGCUGUAUAUACCUCAUUGUAUAUGGCAGAUUACUGUCAGCCUUUCUACCGCACACAGGAUGGGAAUCUCACUGGCUGGUCAUCAGAACAAGAUCAUCUCCAGCAUUCGAAUUUGGAAGAGAUCAGUUUCAAAGACAGGAGUCCAUUCGUGUCUAGAAUCAAUGUAAUUGUGACCUGUGACUCUAGUGUGUUAAUUCGCUGCCUGUCUCUCUGUUCUUGUACCAUACUAUUUUCAGUUAUGUACGAUGUUUAAAAAAAGCACUGAUGUCUCUG